AUGGAGCCAGAGCAACGUGAGAUACUUCGGAUAUGGCGAGUAGAACUGGUUGAAAACAUCAACGUGAAAGAUGGACUCUACACCCAGCUGUUAUCUAAAAAUAUUCUCACUAGUAGAACAAUCAACAGAAUCAAGAAUAACAGAACAGCAGAAGAACAGGUGGAGGAGUUGCUCGAUGAACUACAGAAAAAGGAUUGUUUCAGCUUAUUUUGUGAGGCUCUCAUUGCUGAUGGCCAGCAGCACAUUGUUAAGAAGUUCCUAAAACAAACUAAAUCAUCUAUAGAUAGCAGCAAGACUGAAACCCCCACAGCCACCACAUCUUCAUCUUCUGUUCAAACAAAUGACAGUCCAUCAGUUCCAUCUGAAAGUACUGAUUCCCUUGAAAGAACUAGUCAGUCCUGGGCACCCUCAAUUGUUAUACGUGAGUCUGAUAACAAACAUGUCUACAUUCGGAUUAGUAAUGACGAAGCGUCUCCAAGUAAACGACUUCGAAGUGUGGAGACUGAUAAAUCUCUAGUAGUGUUUGAACCUGGCGAGACCAGGUAUGCCAUGAAGCACUAUGUUAGUGAUUCAGUUGACCUCAGUGGAAAAGAUAUUGUUCUUCAUUCUGCAGCGAAAGUCUCCCACCCAACUGUCGUGUUGGAUAAUCCUCAGUCUCUCAUAAACUGCCACAUCUCUGACCCUGCUCGUUAUGUGGCAGCUUUCACGCCACAGUCAUCGUCAA